AUGAUCACCAACAUCAUUGACGGCUCGCUCCACUACAACAAGAAGCUCAUCAAGGCCGACUCGCCCGAGACGCGCAAUGAAGUCGCGUACUCGUACUUUGUCGCGUACGGUUCGGUGCUCAUUGGGUGCCUUUGCGUCUUCUUGCUGCCCAACCAAAAGGCGGCGGUCGCCGAGCUCAAGAAGAACGGCGGUUCGCAGCCCAAGGUCGCGGCCGCCAUCUUCUUCAUCCUCUUUGCGGUGCUCUGCACGUCCAUCACGGGCAACCUCAGCUCCAUGUUCGAGUCGACGCGCUGCAUGCGUCUUGCGGGCGGCGCUGGCUGCGACGAGGCCCCGCCCAGCGGGUACCUUGCCGGUAUCUUUGUGCCCGUCGGUCUCUCGGCGCUCUUGAUCGCCAAGAUCGCGUACGCGCGCCGCUAAGUGGAUCGUCUUUAUAGCGUCUAACUAUGUAAUACCUCGUGUUGUGAUUUGUGA